GAAUUUUCCCAAAUUGAGACUCAUUUAAGCUAUUGAGAAUAACAUGCACCAAUUUUCUUUUUUCUUAUUCAUUGUUUCUUGUUAGUCAUUUUAGGUACGUAUGAGCUUACCGCAGCUACUUUGAUAAAGAGAAGACUAUACGGACGCCAUUGACUAGUAUCUCUUAUCCACAGUUGACACUUACCUAUAGAACUAAAACAAAGGAGAAAACUGAUACAAUGCAGAUCGUAAAACAGAACAUAUCCGAAUGGCAACUUUCAAGUUUCCUAUUUACAUCCUGGCUUUAUGUGCAGGCUUUCUUAUUCCAAGCAGCUGUCAUGAUGGUUAUACUGGGAUUCAGAAAAAACAUGCAGCCUUGUUCAUCUUUGGUGAUUCAGUAUUUGAUGUUGGAAACAAUAACUACAUAAAUACAACCACUACUUUUCAGUCAAAUUUCUGGCCCUAUGGGGAAUCUUAUUUCAGAUACCCAACUGGCAGAUUUUCUGAUGGGCGUCUAAUCCCCGAUUUUAUAGCUGAGUAUGCAAAUUUACCUUUUAUACAACCAUACUUACAACCCGGGUUCGAUGACUAUACUUAUGGGGUGAACUUUGCUUCUGGUGGGGGUGGUGCUCUAGCUGAAACAUAUCAAGCAUUUGCCAUAGGCUUAAACACUCAAUUGAGUUAUUUCAAGAAUGUGGAGAAGCAAUUGAGGCACAAACUAGGUGAUGGAGAAGCCUACAUAUUUCUUUCUAAAGCUGUUUACCUAAUUAGCAUUGGAGCCAAUGAUUAUUACACCCCACUUAUGAAAAAUUACAGCUCGACUCAAGAUGAAGAAUAUGUUGGCAUGGUGAUUGGCAACCUCACAGUUGUGAUCAGAGAAAUAUAUAAGGUAGGUGGAAGGAAAUUCGGGUUUGCAAACGUGUUACCUCUGGGUUGUUUACCAAGCUUUAGAAUAAAGAAUCCAGAAAACAUUGGAGCCUGUAUGAAAGAAGCUAUGUCACUGGUGAAAUCUCACAAUAAAGAACUUGCUAAAGUGCUCCUAAAGUUGAAGAGCCAGCUCCAAGGAUUCAAAUAUUCCAAUGCCGAUUUCUACACAUACCUAAGUGAAAGAAUGAAUAACCCAUCAAAACACGGUUUCAGGGAAGGAAAAGCGGCAUGUUGUGGCUCGGGUCCAUACAGAGGACAUCAGAACUGUGGAGGGAAGGGAGGUGUGAAAGAGUAUGAAUUAUGUGACAAUGUUACCGAAUAUGUUUUUUUUGACAAUCAUCCAACUGAAAGGGUUUACCAUCAAAUUUCCAAGAUAUGGUGGAACCAAACUCCAAAUGUCACAGGGAUUUACAAUCUGAGAUCUCUAUUUGAAGUUUAGACUCUCACUUGCUGCUUUGCAGUCACUGGGAAGUAUUCAGUUAUUAUAUAUGGUUGUGUACGUAAUAUUUAUUGCAUCUUGGGGUACUAUGUUGAUUUGUUAAGGUCAGGUUGCUGAUGGAGUUGGUUUUGGUUGUACUUGCUUCCAUCAGGUGCUUUUACAAAGACAUAUCUACUGCUCCCAAUUGGAUUACUUGCAUGUUCGGCCAUGCAGUCUUACUCUUUUCUUGCUUUUGCCUAAUUUUCCUUUUUUGAUUUGUACAAGAGAUGGGGUAUUACUUUGUUGGUCCUCCUAUUCUCUUUUUCCUUUUUGUUGGAUAUUGUAUUUUUCUUGUUAUUUAAUAAAUUAAAUAAGGGAACGGGCGGUGGGGUUCCAAAG